AGAGAGAGACUGACAGAGAGAUAGUGAUAGAUAGAGAUAGAGGCAGAAAGACAGACAGAGAGAGAGACAGAAAGGCAUAGAGACACGGACAGAGAGAGAUAGAGGGAAACACAUACAGAUAUACACAGAGAGACAGACAGAGUUGAGACUUCACGUCUUGUGGGUGUGCUGUGCGCGCGGGGCGCGGCCUCGUGGCACGAGGCUAACAGGGCAGGGCAAGGUGCACUCCUCUCACCUCACACCUCACCGCCGCUCCGCAGCUCAGCUCCCGGCUCCAGGCUGACAACUCCGGCUGGAAAAACACGGACAAAGAAGAAAAAAUGACGAGUCUGGAUCCCCUGAAAUCCGUCAUCUCCAUCGGGAACGUGGACGACACGUCUCUCGCGGUCCCCUCCCUGCACCAGUGCAGCUCCGGGAACCAGCGCGUCCUGGAACAAGUGCAGACUAUCCGGAGAACCAAGUCCCGAAAGUCCAGCAGCAGCAGCAGGAGCGGCUCCAGCUCCUUCUCCCCGACGAGCCCUACCUACGAGCCCGUGUUUGGUGAUCCUCUGAAGAACCAGUUGACUUCCCCCAAUGGAAGUGUUUUCUUUGGAAACGGCUUGUCGAAAAGGCUCAGCUUUGAGAAAAGUAUGAAACAGCAAGUUGUCAACAACUCCAAGGAAUCAACCUACAAGAGGAAUUCAGCAGCCGCUGCCUUCCAGUAUGAGAAGAGGAGUUACGCCACGCUCGGCAACAUGGCUGUCAGUAACAACAGCACCAGCCGCAGUGAGCAUGACCUGGCCCGGCAGCGCUCGCUGGGAUAUCUCUCCUCUCUGCCUCUGCAGCGAUUCCUCUCCAGCAAAGGCACCAUGAGGACAGAGAGGCCCACCAGUCAGUUGAUCGCCCAGGGCUCACGCCAAACUGUGAUGAAAUCCAUGAAGCUGGUGAACGGCAGCCAGCCCGAUGGGCCCGUCACGCUUCAGAAGCCGCUGGUCCCUGAGUGCACAACCACGACUAGAGAAGUUGUAGGGUCGAACGGGACCACUGGCUUUGCGGACAUCACCAUGAAGGAGGCUGUGACUUGUCUCUCCAGCAACGAUGAGACGCAUCAGCACUGCGGAGCUUCCUACAUCCAGCACAACACUUUCAUCGACGACAAGGCGAAGGACGAGGUGUUGAAACUCAAUGGGAUCCCUCCUCUGGUGGCUCUGCUGCGCAGCCCCAACGCUGAGGUCAGCCAGACGGCCGCCGCCGCGCUCCGUAACCUCUCCUUCAAGAGCAACAGCAGCAAGGAGGCCAUCAGCCGCAGAGGCCUCACAGAGGCCGUGGCCCUGCUCAAUGAAACGGAUUCUGUAGAUCUGCAGAAACAGCUGACAGGUCUCCUGUGGAACCUGUCGUCUGCAGACGAGCUGAAGCCCGACCUUCUGAAGAGUGCGUUGCCUGUGUUGAUUGAGCGAGUCAUCGUGCCUUACACGACAGGUCCGGACCGAACCACCAGCAACAACCAGGACCCCGAGGUCUUCUACCACGCCACCGGGUGUCUGAGAAACCUCAGCAGUGCCAAGCAGAACCACCGACAGGUGAUGAGAAAGUGUCGAGGUCUGGUCGACUCUCUGGUCAGUUACGUGGAAGAGUGUGUGGAAGCCGGGAAACCAGAUGAUAAGUCAUUAGAAAACUGCGUGUGCGUCCUGCACAACCUGACGUUCCAGCUGGAGGCCGAGGCUGCGACUCUGUUCACCAAAAUCACGGCUCUGUCCCGGACGGUGAGCCGCGGCAGCCGCAGCAGCAGCAGCAGCCAGGACGACGCGGGGCCCAUCGGCUGCUUCAGUCCACAGAGCAAAGCUCCAGAACAAGAGUUACAGUUUGACGUCCCCGUGGUGGAGGAUCCGAAUCCCAGCGGGGCGGCCUGGCUGUUCCACUCCAGAACUCUGAUGAGUUACCUGAACUUGCUCGACACCAGCCAGCGAGCCGACACACAGGAGGCAUGCUGUGGAGCGCUACACAACCUCACCGCACACGAAGGCAUCGUCUCCAGAGUAAUGGGACACACCAUCGUGAAUAAGCUGAACGGCCUGCAGGUCAUCUCUCCCCUUUUAAAGUCAAACAAAGCCAAUUUACAGAAGAGCGCUGUGGCCCUCGUGGGGAACCUGACCAACAACCCAGGCCUGCAGAGAGCCAUCGCUCGUAAAUGUCUCCCGGAGCUGGGGAGCAUCAUCAACGGUGGCCCGGCGGAAGCGAGCGAGUCUGAUGACACCCUGUCCAUGGUCUGUCAGGCCACCAACUGCCUGGUCAUGAAGCAGCCUGACGCCGGCAAACUGCUGCUGAACAGGACCACGAUAAAGUCACUGGGAGAUCUCAGCGAAAACAACCAUUUCCCCAAAACCAGCAAAGCUGCGUCGCUGUUUCUCUGCAACCUGUGGUCAGACAAGGAUCUGCAGAGCUUCCUGAAGAAGCAAAGGAUGGGAAAACCUUUAUUCUUAAACGACGUCACCAUGUUGGCACUGCAGUCGGUUCAAGAUGGUAACUAGCCGGUCGUCUUUUACCGGAGCAACUCUCCUGCACAGGUCGUACACGCACACGCUGAGCAGCAUCCUCUCUCAUUUCAUUUUUGUAAUCCAUGUUUCCAUAUGAUCCAUGCAUCAGUCAUGAUCACAGAGGCCUGUAUUUGCUCGCUUAAUGAGAAAAUAGGUGAAGGUGGAAAGGGUUAAAAUAUAGCUGGUGGGCAGCCAAACUGUCUUUGCUUGAAGUUUUGAAUUGCUUUUCCAGUUUUGAAAAUGGAGGAAAUUGUGUGUGAUAUGGUAACAUUUGCUUGUUUUAUUACAAAUACGAGGGUGACGUCUUUAUUUUUGCACAGAAAUUGUUUUAAUAUGAUGACAGAAGAUUGUAAACUUUGUUUGAUAGAAAAUGAACACAUGGAUAAUGGAGCCUUUUGUAUUUGUCGAGCGUAUGUGGUUUCUAUAAGAGCUAUGAGUUUGCAUUGAUUUUUUAUGUGUUUACAUUCGAUAGAAACAAGUCUUGUUGGUGGGAAAUGCAUUUUCAUAUGUGUGAUUGUAAAAUGAUUUGCUUAUAUUGUCCCAAAAAGUAGCAAUAAAUACAUAUUUUUUCUCUUUGAGCUGCAAAUG